UCAAAAUUCUUCGAUUUUCAUUUUGUGUUCAUGUGUUGUGUUGCUCGUGUGUCACUGUGUCUUCUCACUUACUACACUACUACAUUUUUUAACUUGGCAUUUUUCUCUACAAGUACUUACCUUCAGUCUUCUCCGUAAUGGAUAUUAAAACUCGAGAAUUAAAACGUGGACUUGAUAAGUGUGAAUCUGCUUUUUUCGAUGACAUGCCUAUGAUGAUUACGUCUUCUCCGAUCGAAGGAAAACAGUGUGAAAAUCCUAGCCCUUUACCCUUUAGAUAUCCUCCAUCUGAAGAUAAUCCUACCUGGUCUGAAUUACUCUGUAAAUUUCAAACUGUGAGGGAUAGGAAAAAUGGAAAAAAGCAACACAUUUCUGUUGUGGAAUCCACUACAGACACUGAAACAUCUUCUUAUCAGCCAAUUGCAGAACAUAAAAUGAAGAUUCUUGUGACCCCUGGUAAAAAAAUUCAGGUUCUAUCUAGCAGUGCUAGAAAGACACACUUUCGAAACCAAACUCCCAAGAAACCAACUUCAUAUUCUGUACUUAGCCAACAAUAUCGUCAAAAAUGUGCAGAUGAAGAUAAUGAAAGUGAGGAAAGCAUUCAAACCAUAAGAAACAGAAUCCAGAACUCUGAAGAUUUGUCAGUAAGAGAUAUAGAAAGGUAUGAAAGAAUUGUGAGGAAAGUGGUCAACCAAAACCAAAUGAAGAAAGAAGCCUAUAGUAGAACUCCAGUUGAAGAUUCUGAUUUGAUGCGGUACGUAGAAGAUCAAAUUGGCCUAUGCAAUUUGUCACCUAAAGCACUUAGAAUGCUGGAAAAGCAAAGCCAACAUCAAGAAAAGAGAUUAAUCGGCCUCUCUAUUGCCAAAAGAAAAUCUGCAGCCGAAAUACAGAACAAAAUUAACAGUCAACUUAUGGAAACCAAACAGCAGAUUAAGAAUAGAGAGGAACUUGAAACAAAACUUGUCAAGGCAGCUCACCUACGUCGUGAAGCUACCGUCACAUCAACAUUGUUCAAUCAAGCUCAUGCUGCUCGUCACCGGCAAUUCGUCACCCAAAGCCGACAAAAUAAUAAACUAUCACAACUUGAAAGAAAAAUACAAGACGAAAAAAUUAAAAACAGCACCCAGAUUUCGAAGGUGGUUGGAGAUGUCUGGAAAACAUUUUUAAAAGAACAGUACAAUGAGCUACGCAAGGAAGUUAGAGAGCAGAAUCUUCAAAAAGCUGCGAUGCUCAAAGAAUCUGAAGAACAACUUGGACGUCUAAAAAAGAGUUACGACGAAAAACUCAACGAAUUGAAAGAUAUGGCCGCAACUAAAGGUGCCGAAGCCGGGAUGGAAAAGAAGGAGAUAAGCAGAGAAAUUGAACGUAUUCAACGAAAAAUGGAGCACCAAUUUCGAGAAGAAUUCCAAACUUUGCUUCGUAAUGUCGAGACAAAAGGAGACCAUAAACGAUUUAUCAGGGAUGAGAAGGCGUCUCAACUGAAAAAGAAACUUCAGAAGGCAGAUUAUGUGUUUGAUGUGUAAAUUCAACUUGAUUUAAUGAAAUUAACAAAAUUAUAUGUUCUUUUUCAAAUACAACCACUAUAUCAAC